AUUUAAAUGUAUGGAGUGUGGAAAGAGCUUCAGUCGAAGUGAUGAAAUUGGAAUACAUCAACAGACUCACACAAGGCAGAAAUUAUUUAAAUGCAGGGAGUGUGGGAAGAACUUCAGUCAGAGGGUACACUUAACUUUACAUCAAAGGACACAUACAGGGGAGUAACCUUUUAAAUGUAUGGAGUGUGGAAAGAACUUCAGUCAGAAUGGAAACCUUAGAAAACAUGAACAGAUGCACACAGGGGAACAACCUUUUAAAUGCAUGGAGUGUGGAAAGAGCUUCAGUCAGAAUGGAAACCUUAAAAUACACCAACAGACUCACACGGGUGAAAAACCAUAUGAAUGUAUGGAGUGUGGGAAGAGCUUCCAUUUCAAUGCAAACCUUAGAACACAUCAACGGACUCACACAGGGGAGAAACCAUUUAAAUGCAUGGAGUGUGGAAAGAGAUUCAGUCAGAAUGGACACCUUAGAAAACAUCAACGGACUCACACAGGAGAGAAACCAUUCAAAUGCAUGGAGUGUGGAAAGAGCUUCAGUCAGAUUGGAAACCUUAAAUUACACCAACGGACUCACACGGGGGAGAAACCAUUUAAAUGCAUGGAAUGUGGAAAGAGCUUCAGUUUCAAUGCAACCCUUAGAAGACAUCAACUGGCUGACACACCGGGAAAACCAUUUAAAUGCAUUGAGUGCGGAAAGAGCUUCAGUCAGAAUAGAAACCUUAAAACACACCUACAGAUUCACACAGGGGAGAAACCAUAUAAAUGUUUGGAGUGUGGAAAGAGCUUCAGUUUCAAUGGAAAACUUAGAAGACAUCAACAGACUCACACGGGGGAGAAACCAUUUAAAUGCCUGGAGUGCGGAAAGAGCUUUAGUGAUAAGGGAAGACUUAGAAGACAUCAACGGACUCACACAGGAGAGAAACCAUUUAAAUGUUUGGAGUGCGGAAAGAGAUUUAGUGAAAAUGGAACACUUAGAACACAUCAACGGACUCACACAGCGGAGAAACCAUUUAAAUGCCUGGAGUGCGGAAAGAGCUUCAGUCAGAAUGGAAACCUUAAAACACAUCUACAGAUUCACACAGGGGAGAAACCAUAUAAAUGUUUGGAGUGUGGAAAGAGCUUCAGUUUCAAUGGAAACCUUAAAACACAUCAACGUACACAUACAGGGGAGAAACCAUUUAAAUGUAUGGAGUGCGGAAAGAGCUUUAGUGAUAGUGGAAAACUUAGAAGACAUCAACGGACUCACACAGGAGAGAAACCAUUUAAAUGUAUGCAGUGUGGAAAGAGCUUCAGUUUCAAUGCAGCCCUUCAAAGCCAUCAACGGACUCACACAGGGGAGAAACCAUUUAAAUGUAUGGAGUGUGGAAAGAGCUUCAGUCAGAGUGGACAGCUCAAUAUACAUCAACCGAUUCAUACAGGGGAGAAACCAUUUAAAUGUUUGGAGUGCGGAAAGAGCUUUAAUGAUAAUGGAACACUUAGAAGACAUCAACAGACUCACACAGGGGAGAAACCAUAUAAAUGCAUGGAGUGCGGAAAGAGCUUCAGUCAGAAUGGAAAUCUUAGAAAACAUCAGCAGACACACAGGGCAGAAACCAUUUAAAUGUAUGGACUGUGGAAGCAGCUUCAGUCAG